AUGGGGAAAAACGAUUAUCACCCCCAAUUCGAAACCCUUUUCUUCUCCUCCUUUUUUCUCUCCCUCGAUUCCCUCUUCCCUGCUCGCCGUCGUCGCUUCUUCACCGUCACACUUGCCGUAACUCUCCAUCUCCUUCCACAAGCUUGGCACUGUGAAGGGAUCGACGGAGAAGACAAUGAUCAUCCUCACCUUCCCGGCAAAGAUGACGACCCGUCUCCCCUUCCUACACUGGCCAUCCUUCCCUUCCCGGCGACAACGACGACGAAGAAUCUGAGUCAGAGCAGUGAGUUCCUCGAGAAGUUGUGGAGCGGCGUCGGAUGCACGCUAGGAAAGACAAAUCGCACGGAGCAGGGAGUAGAGCACGUUCCGGACUACAAGCGAGAGCGAUUAGGGAGCUUGCAAAAUGGAGCAAUGACAAUGAAGAUAUUUAUGGUCCAGCAACUCUUAAUGUCGAGUUUCAACGAAAGUUAA